CUUAGGAGGCCAUCUAAUGACCUUAGAUGUUGAUGUGGUAGAAUUUUUUUCAGUAUUAAAUCAAUCAAAUGUAACCAUAUAUCAUACUUAUGAAAUUACAUGUGAAUUUUUUUUAGUCUAAGAAAACAGACCAUAGAAUUCAUACAUACCCAUUGCCCAGUAACACAGCCUAAUCAUUUCCUUGGGCUUCUCGUAGCUGCUGAUCUCGUUCUUGUAUCUGAAAUGUUUAAGAGGUUUAUUAUGACUUUUUUCAUCUUUCCUUAUAUUGUCAAGCAUUAUCUUCUGAAAAUACUAAGAAAAAAUGUAAUAUACAUAAUUUCCAUAUACAUACAGUUCAUUCAGAUUCCUUUCAGACCAAUUCAGUUCACUUUACAAUUAGUUUCAGUUAUAAAUUUUACAUAAAUAUUACAGAGUACAGUAAUAAGGAAUAAGAAGAAAGAGGGAGAAAGUGGAAGGGGGAAAGAGAAAGAUAACAGGAAGAGUGGCCUAAGAGGGAUGAAGAGAUCUGAGGAAUGGAUGCUCUCAACCGCCCUCGUGCCUUGGAUCCGGAGCGCAAGCGACGUCGAGCGCCCGAUGUAAACACGAGAGGAGAAGGGACACGAAGGAGAAAUAUAUGUAAAUCGGAUAAAUUGGGAGAAGAAGAGACAUUGAUAGCCAGAGUGAUUGCGUAAAUUGAAGAAGUUGACUGGGAGAAAGACCUGCCGUAACAACCCAUCCGCUGGUUACACCUGAAAACCCUCUCCAAAAAUUGGCGGAUUCAUUGCAUAGUAUGGAUAGUACAGCCCUGAAAUGCUCAUGCCUUGAGAUAUACAAUGAGUCCAACAGACGGCCAAGAUUCAUGCCAUGUGGCCACAUCCGUUGCACAAGCUGCUGUGAGGAGGGGGUGGUUGCUGGAAGACUCCAAUGCCACAAAUGUGACCUUUUUCACUAUCCAAUCCAUAGUCUACAUGUUUUCCCCAUUGCAUACAUUGUGGAAGACCUUGUGAAGCAUUACCAAAAGAUAUCGGAUAGUUCCGAAGCAUCGUGUCAGGGGAACGACGACAGUGACGAGGAUGAGCCCCGGUUUGUACUCACACAGGACCCUAGGUGGGUCUCAAGCAGCACCAUGACCUCAAUGCUGAUCAAGCAGGACUCCUCAAUGGCAGAUUUUGCAAGUACAUUCUUGAGCUCAAAGGCCAAACUGGACAAAUAUGGGUCAGCUCUUGAUUACAGCCUGAAGGAACACGAGAAGAUGAAGGAGGAUUUAAAUGCAUAUGUGAAGCUGAACGAAAAGCUGAUGCAUUUCCUGAAAAUGGAGAGGUGUGCAAUGGAUGAACAUAGAAAAGAAGGUGAAGAAUUGAUGAAAAAUAUGAACAGUGCCAAGCAGCUAAUUCAAAAUAUAACUUCAGUAAAGGAUGCUUUGGAGAAGCUCAAGAAAUCAGAUGAGUGUUUGGAGAAGGCUAAAGAUUGGGCAGAGCAGAACAAGGACAGAUUCCCCAACGAUAAAAUGAUCACUGCGACUGCUCAGCUACGCCUUAUCGUUAAGAAAAAUCUCAUUGCGAUGGAAGAAGAGUUUGAGCUUGAGAAAGAUGAGGAAGAUGAAGAAGAGAAGAGUUUCUGUGAUAGUCCAUUUUCAAUUUGUAAAAGCCUCUUAGGCCCAGCUGAAAUAAACAAGGAGAUUAAGGUGAAUAAUCCCUACUUCAAGUACCUGCUGCAUGAGUAUGUUAGAAUCGUUGAUGUUUAUGCUGUUCAAGAUGAAAACAAGAUCAUCCGCUCAGCCAAGUUAUCUGUGUAUGAAAACAGGAUCCAUCUGCACAACCUUGAAGUAGGCGCUCCUCCUGAUGAUGCUUAUACAAUUAAGCACAGUGAUCUGAUUGACUUGUUGGACUCAUCAUCUACCCUGACUUUCCUAGACUUCAAGGAAGAUGGAGAGGAAGCAGAACGUGUAUACAUCCGCAUGAAUGGCGACACCACACGUGCGAAACAAUUCAUUCUGCUGUGUGCAGGCACCUGGGGUGGGUCCUACGCAGACACUGAUCUGAUCAUGAUAUGGAACAAAGGCUGUGAAGGCGAGUGUGUAUGGGGAGGGGACUACAACUACGGGAGUUCCAUUAUCCCUGGGCUUGUGACAGGAGGCGAGUACCAACACCCCAAUAAACUGGGGACUGUCAGUGGCUGGUACACAGACUACCGAGGAACAAGGUUCUGCAUCACAACCAAAGACAAAUCCCAUUGCAACCUCAGUUCUGCAUUCGGGAUGGUUGAGAGAGGGAUAGAUGUUGUGGUUAAGAUAGCUCGAUUGUUUCACGGUAGAGGUUGGAAAGUGGCAAGCUGUGGAUUAGUGAUAGAGGAAGGGUGCCUUAACAGGACUCAGAGAAGAAAUACUAGGGAAGAGGAAGACCAAUCUGACACUUCUAGCAACUCAAGUGGCAGUCUGUGAAAUCUUGAGCUUCGUCAACUGAACUGUUGAAAUGAUUUGUAUUGGGGGAGGAAUAAGAAAAACUAGGUAGUGACACAGCCAGUACUUUCAUGUGCCAUUAAAGACAAAAUAACAUCAGAAGAAUGUAGAAUGUACCUUCUGAUGUUAAGCAGUAUUAUUAUAUUGUUGAAUACUAUUAAGAUCCUUAUAUUUAACAUCUAAGCUGUCAUUCCAUUGAUGAUCUGAUCACUGUAGCUGAGCAAAACUUUUACUUUCCUUCUCCUUUAGUAAAUACAUCUUUAAGUGAAGGAAGUAAGCAUGCUGAAGAGCUGAAAAUGUUGACUGCUUCAAUAAUCCAUAGCCAGUAUGUUUUGUUUUUUUGUAUGUAUAUGUAUUAUAAUUGUCAUAUAUUCAAGAUUUUAUUAGUCUUAGGUCAUUCUUUUCCCUAGUGUUUAUGUCUUUCUGAACAUGCUGAACAGUGUUAGCUCUGUAGAUGUAUGUAUGUAUAUUUUUAUAUAUGUAGUAAUUGUAAAGCCUGACAAAUAAUAAAAAUGAAAUUAAU